AUGGGCUUCAUAAUCACAUCUUAUGGGUUAAUGAAAGAGAUUAAGGGGGGCAUGAUAUAUGGCAUUGUUUUUGUGACAAUGAUAUCAUGGUUUAGGGGUACCUCAGUGACAUAUUUUCCAAACAUCCCACUUGGUGAAAACAACUACAAGUAUUUCAAAAAAGUUGUUGAUUUUCACCUAAUCAAAUCCACAGCCGGGGCUGUUAGCUUUAAUAAUUUCAAUACUAGUGAGGUUUGGGUGGCAUUAGCAACCUUGUUCUAUGUUGAUGUGCUUGCCACCACAGGCACAAUGCACACAAUGGCUAAAAUUGGAGGGUUUGGUAAUGAUCAAGGAGGUUUUGAGGGUGAGUACCUGGCCUACUUGGUUGAUGCUGGCUCCACAGUCGUGGGGUCCACAUUGGGGGUUUCAUCAAUAGCCACUUACGUGGAAUCAUCAGCAGGGAUGAGAGAAGGGGGUCGAACAGGAUUAACGGCUGUGAUCAUUGGUUUGUACUUCUUCAUUUCAUUGUUCUUCAUCCCACUGUUUUCAAGUGUUCCUCCAUGGGCCCUAGGCCCUUCCCUAGUUAUGGUUGGGGUGAAUCACCCCGGGUGA